AUGAUCACAGAUGCAGAGUUCUGGAUGGAAAUUAGACGAAAUAAAGAAGGACGAGAUGAUCUUUUCAAGGGGAUGCUCUACCUUAUUCAUGCCCAUCAAUGCCGUAUCGAUUCUUGUGUAGGCUCAUUAGACGAAGAGGAGCACAAUAUCACUAGUUUUGGAAGGGAACGCCUUUCGAUCCUCAAAAGUUCACCCAUUACAUCGCAAAAGAAGGAGAACGCGAAGGAUGGCAUACGCAAAUCCUCGCAUCGCGUGCAUAUUGACCCAAACGGCUACUGUGAGGAAUUCGUGGGGCUUCACGGCCUCCCCCCGCGCCGUGUGGACUCCAUUACCAUUCGCGUUCUUCAGCAAAUCCUGCUUUAUGCGGUACCGAUCUACAAACUUCGCUACAGCAUCCCGGCGAUGUCGAUGGGGUGGGGCAAUAGCUGCGUGAUUGACCGCCCCCGGCGACAGUUGAUCACCUUCGGUUCCGGCCACGGCGUCCACGUCCCCGGCGCCCUCCAAGCCCGCGGCUGCAUCGCCGGCGAGGGCUUUUUCGCGAUUCUGACGAACCACAACGAGGUCUGGGCCUCGGGCGGGCUGCGGGUCUCUCGGCCCACCUCCACAGUCCCCACGGAACUCGGCCCGGAGAGCGGGAUGACCUGCAUCGCGACGAAAGUGGUGAUGAUAGCGGGACAUGGGCCGCGCCUGGCCUCGCUCUCGCGGAAUUUUGUCGUGCGCUCGCUCUCCGCGGUCUGCGCGCCGACGCGAUCGGUGAUUCCCUCCCGCAGUAUUCGCUUUCUCGACCUCGGCUACGGCGAUGACUACCACAUGAUCGGGACGGACUCUAUUUUGUACAAAAUCACUUCCUCCCGGCGCAUGGUGAGCACGCCUCGGCGGUUGAUGAGUUUUACCCAAAAGCCGGUCUCGCGGGUGUCGUGCGGGAUGGGGUUUUUGCUCGUGAUUGACCAAAACGGCCACCUCUACACCAGCGGGCGAAACCGAAACGGGCAGCUCGGGAAUGGGCGAAAGCAGGAGACCUACCGAAAGCCCUACUUGGUGGAGUCGCUUCUACACCAUUUCAUCACGCAGGUGGCCGCGGGGGAGACCCACGCGCUCGCGCUCACGAGCAGCGGCGUCGUCUACGGCGCGGGGUCGAACGAUAACGGGCAGCUCGGGCUCGGGUCGGGCAUGAAGGAGGCCGUUCACUUCACUCCGAUUCCUUUGCCUAAAAAAUGUGUGGGCAUCGCGGCCGGGCCGGCGGGGAGUAUGUUUAUCUGCAAGGGUGGACAAUUGCUGACCUGCGGCCUGAACGACUGCAUGCAAUUAGGGCUGGAAGCAAGUAGUAAGAUUGUCUAUACCCCGACACUGGUGUCUUUGGUUUCUGGGGUGGAAACGUACACGCUAAACUUUGGUGGAUACCUCCAGGCGGGUCAACCCUCCACACCGUUGGUGCCAAAUGAGGAUAUGGAUCCUGAGAAGAAUGGAUUAAUAAAGAAAAACGUGGAAACUUCUACUAAGCCGAUAGUAGCAAAGCCAAAUGCCUCAAUAGGUGAUCGUAUUAUGCAAAAUGGAGUAUCCAUUAGCUUAAAUCAUCGAAAUGGUAAUGGUUCUUUGUCGUCAUCUCAGGCUCUGGAAAAGGUUCCGUCCCAGGCUAAUACUUUAGUAAAUGCAGAUGUAGACAUGGGUAAACCUCACGAGGAACAUCCGAAGAAAACGAAACGUACGGAAGUAAGCAGCAGUGACAGUGCCAGGAAACACUCCAGAACUGAACAUAUCUCCCAUGAGCCCAUUUUCAUCAUAAGCACAUCAAAUAAAACACCUGACUGUCGUAUUGAUUCUUCAGUAACAAAUGGAAGAGUAUCCUCUAUUGUAAGUCGAAAAUCAAAAAAGGUUAGCAUUCAAAAAUGUGAAACGUGUUGCGCAAUGUUGUAA